AUGUCGAGAUCCAGACUGCCUCUCGCUCUCGGCCUGACGGCUGCAGGUGGUAUUGGUUACUACCUGUAUAGCGCCGGUGGCAACACCAAAGUCGCUAAGAAGAAUGCUGAAGCCGACGCUCACAGAGUUUCUGCCCAAUUUAAAUCAGAGCUACCCGGUCGAGGAGACCAGGCUAAGAAAGACGCCGAGAAAUACGGUGCUGAAGCCGGUGCAAAGGUCGACAAGACUAUCCACAAGACAGAAUCCGAACUGCGAAAGGCUGCUGCUGAUGCCGAAGCCUAUGCAAAGGACGCCAAGGCCGCUGCUCUGAAGAAGGUAGAUCAGUUCGAUAAGAAGGUCGAAACCGAAGCGUCCAAGGCCAAGAGUGGGAUCUCUGGCUGGUUUGGCGGAAAGUAA